AUGUCUUUCAACCGCCUUGCCAGAAUUAUGAAUAUGGGUGAAGCCAUCAACGUCCGCAUGUAUAAAGCUGCAUUUAUCAACCUGGGCGAGAUCCGUACCCGUUUGAGUGAAUUUACCGAUCUCUCACAAUGCCUUCGCAAAGCUGAGGAGUUGUUCGCAUUCCAUUAUUCAGCUAAGAACGUGAACCAAUCCCAUCUCGAGAAACUUGACGUUGCUGAUCCAUGUGGUUGGAUUGACAAAUUCAGACGUUCAGAUCGUCGUUCAGAUAGUCGCUCUGACAGACCCAAACUCUCAGAUCACCCCAGUUCUGGUGAUAAAAACCCUUACUUAAAUAAAAUGGUCGGCUCUGUCGAUACGUCUUCUCUACCGUACGUUCCUAUUUUCGUCAAUGGAAUCACCAAAGACGCUAAGCUUGACACUGGUUCUGAGAUUAAUCUGCUUUCUAGAACCGUUUGGAAUAAUCUUAAGUUGACCACACCCCUCACUCCUGCAUAUGGUAUGGUCUCAUUACUUGUCGGUUUCACCACCGUUAAAGGUCACCGUGUCCAUAUUCCAAUGGAUUUUAUCAUUGCGGAUGUGGACCCUAAAGUAUGUAUCAUCGGCGUAGAUUCACUAGCCAAACUAGAUUUUAGAAUUGUCGAUAAUACACUCACUAUUUCUGAUAAUUUAGUAAAAACAUUCAGAAGAGGUGCCACCAAUCAUAGCGCGCUUCGUAACAACAUCGAUUUUCAUGUGUCUGGACGAAAAAGGAAAUCUACUUUGAAAUGUUUAUUUGCAUCAACGCAAAAAUGUGACAUUUUGCACGAAAUUACAAAAAUUUGUCACCAAAUCCACGUCACCAAGGAAAAAUUAAAAACUGAUUUUGAAAAUUUCCAUUUUGGGAAUUUCAAUAAAUUUAGGUACUCUCCUAUGACCAUGGCCACUCUUAAUCCAAGUAAUCCUACUAACUCUGGCAUCGAGCAUAUUAAUACCGCUGAUAUUGCUGAUAGUUACUUGGUAUGGAUUGACCCUGAUGACGUGAAGACUCCACUGCCGACAGCUACUACUUUUACCACGAACGUCACCGCUGUUUCGGAGGAUGGUCUUGAUGGUGUUCGAGAUGACAUCAUUAAAAUGUUGAAAAGUGAUUUCCAAGAUGUGGUAUCUCCAAUGACUUCACCACCGCCAUUCCGUGAGGAUGUGGAUAUGAAGAUCAACUUAAACGCACCUGUCCAGAAACAGAGGAUGUUCCCUGUUCCGCAAUCACUGUUAGAGGAACUACACAACCAAAUCAAGGACUUGCUACAUAAAGGUUUCAUCGUUCCAUCUAACGCUGAAUACGGCGCUCCAGUAUUGUUCGUUAAGAAGAAAACUGGUAACUGGCGUAUGUGUGUCGACUACCGCCAACUCAAUAAGUCUACCGUCAAGAACUCAUAUCCGCUUCCACGUAUCAACGAACUGCUUGAUCGUACCAAAUCUGCUCACUGGCUAAGCAAGUUGGACUUGCUACAUGGUUACCACCAACUUCGCAUGAACCUACAAGACGCUGACAAGACCACUUUUCGUUGUCCAUUUGGUUCAUUCAAAUACACGGUUAUACCAUUCGGAUUAUCAAAUGCACCAGCAGUCUUCCAGUCUUUCAUGGAUUCUGUAUUUAAAUUGGAAGUAUUUCAGAAAUUAUUAUUAGUAUACUUAGACGAUUUAUUAAUUAUGACCAAUAAUUCUUCUAUUACUGAACACAUCGAUGGUAUCAAGCAUGUAUUCACAAUACUAAGAAAGAAUAACUUACAUGUCAACUUAUCAAAAUGCACAUUCUUGGUUCGAUCUGUCGACUACCUUGGUCACAUGGUUGGUAAUGGCAAAAUAGACCCACUGCAGGACAAGAUCGAUUCUAUCAUCGCUUGGAAAGAGCCGAACAACAAAGACGAGCUACGUAGUUUCCUCGGUCUUGUUAACUACUACAAUAGAUUCAUUCCGAGGUUAGCCACUGUCCAAGCACCACUCACUUUCCUACUUAGAAAGUUCGCUCCAUUCCACUGGUCUGAUGAUUGCCAACUUGCAUUCGAUACUAUCAAAUCAGCAAUUAAAGAGAAACCAUCGUUGUUCCCACCAAAUUACGAUCUGCCUUUUAUAUUUGAAUGCGACGCUUCCGAUGUCGGUACCGGAUAUCGAUUGUUUCAAUUGGUAGACGGUAAAGAGAACGUAAUCUGCUACGGUUCCAGGAAAUUGAAAGAUUCGGAAACACGUUAUUCAACACUGGAAAAGGAACUAUUAGCCAUCGUUACUGCGUUGAAAGCCAACUACUAUCACAUCUUCGGCAGAGAUAUCGAGAUUCGUACUGACCAUAAGAACAUCACCUACAUCAACGAGGCCAACAAGAUCGGUAUCAACCAAACUAUCAAUCGCUGGAUCGCACACAUUAAUCUUUACCAACCAAAGAUCAAAUUCAUCAAAGGAAAGGACAAUACGAUUGCCGAUGGUUUGUCCAGGUACACAUUCAAUGUAUCCGUAUCACUUAGUCAUCCAACGAUCGCCAACGAUAUCAUCGACGGUUACCGCAUAGAGGACAACUCCAAUCUUAGUAACGGAAUCACUGAUUACACGACAAUCAACGGUCUCCGAUACACCCACGACGGUAAGAUUAUAGUGCCUAGAGUCAUGUCAAUAGUCAAUAAUUUACUAUAUCAAGCCCACGAUUCUGAAUUCGGUUGUCAUAGGUCGGCCUCCAAAACUCUCCAUUCUAUAUCCGAACUAUACGUAUGGCCGAACAUGGCGGCAGACACCAAGAAGUACUGUGAUGACUGUAUCGUCUGUCGACGUGCCAGCGACCAUGCACGAAAAAGAAUUGGUCACCUGAUUCCAUUGCCCAUUCCAGUCAAAUGCUUCCAACGUAUUAACAUCGACUUCAUACCAAAUCUACCAGUCGAGGAGUACAUGGGUAGGAAGGUUGACGCUAUAAUGGUCGUUGUCGAUGCCUUAUCUAAAAUGACCAGACUGAUUCCUUUAGGUUCGGACUAUACCAGUAAAGAGGUGAUUGAUCUGUUUCAUAAAGAGAUCUUUAAACUCCAUGGUAUCCCUAUUGAAAUUGUUUCUGAUAACGAUUCUAAAUUGACCUCCAAGUUAUUCAAGCAAUUGACGAAAGCGUACGGUAUUCACCACUCCACAUCGGCCGUAUCCAAUCAACAAGCCAACGGACAAGCUGAAAGAAUCAUUCGUGCAGUCAAGAAUGCGACUAGAAAGCUUAUGGUUGAUGACCGUCUCCACAAUACUACUGGUUCCUGGUCUAAGCACAUCGAUACUGUCGAGUUUUCAUUGAAUUCAACUGUUCAUUCAACUACCGAGUACACUCCGUUCAAGAUCUAUUUGGGACACAAUCCGUUAACACCACUCAACCUCGUCAAAGAAUCGGAUGCUCUGGUCGACGUCACAGAUAAGCAAAUCAUCGAAUCUAUUAAGGAAAGGAAAGCAAUCAUUAAGUUAGUCAAACGAAACAUCUGUGUUGGAAAUCAAGAAAUGAGAUUUACAUGGAACAAAGGUAAAAAAGAAAACCAAAUCAAGGUAGGUGAUUACGUUUUCUACAAUAAUAAUAGAGAUGGUAAGAAAAAGAAAUUGGAUGUGAGGUAUGAAGGACCGCGAAAAGUAGUGGAAGUCGAUAAUUAUAAUAAUAUAUUCAUAGAUGUGAUUGGAAAAGAUGGAAUAAGCACAAAGAAGAAGAAAUUUAAUUCGAAACACAUAAUGUUAUACGAUCCAAAGAUGAAUGAAAAUUUAAUUAAUGAUGUCGACGACUUAUUAGUCGAAAACGGUGCUACGGCGGAGACCGAUCGGGGUAGUACCGUUGGCGAUAGUUCAGACGACUAUGACGAUAGUCCGAGGCCUAUACGCCGUCACACACGGAGGGGGCUGAAAAAUGUCGAAAGUAGAGUAGACAUAAAUGUCGAACGUAGUGUUGACAGGGAUGACAUGGAGGAUAAUAAAUUAAAUGACGAUAAUGAUAGCGACUACGAUAAUAAUAAUAAUAACAAUAACAACUACAACAACAAUAACGAUGACAUGGAUAUGAAUGACGAUGAUAGCGAUAACUUACUUAUUAAUAAUAAUAAUAACUCUAAUAACUCUAAUAACUCUAAUAACUCUAAUAACUCUAAUAAUAAUAAUAAUAAUAAUUUAAAUAUCGAUUAUUUUAAAUUUAUUUCAAAUGAUUCAAAAUUUCAUCAAAACAUCACUGCACGUGGAACUUUAUCAAAUAAUUUAUCAAAAUCAAUUUUGCGAAAUGUCGAAAAUAAUUUUAACGAACUACGUAACGAAGUGGACAAAUUCGAUCAUAAUUUAAAAUGCAAUCUUAAUAAAUCGGAAAUAAUAGCGACAAAGAACAUUAUAUCAUACAUCAACAGCGACGACUUCAUACCAAACACUCCCUCUAUUAUUAUUGCAGAUGAUGUCAAGGUUCUAGCAUACACCAAAUGGAGAAAGGAUAUUGUUGCCAUCCUCGCCAAGCGCAAGUUCACUCUUGGUACUUCCAAAUUAGCUCGUGUCGAAUAUUUGGUUAAGGUUGGAAGAGCUCUCGCUUGGGUACCGUUACCUGGUAAUACUCUGGCGACUAAGUUUAGCUCUGCUCAUUCAGUUCCAGAUUCUACAGACGGAUGA